GGGCGUAAUUGGUUUAAGGGCCAGGACCAUAAAAACCGUGCGGGAUCGAAACCGAAAUAAUUUUACGGGACUGGGACCGGAACCGGGACCGAAACAACCUUACGGGACUGGGACCGGGACGGGACCGGAACCGGGACCGAAACAAGUUUACGGGACUGGGACCGAGACGGGACCGAAACAACUGCACGGGACUGGGACUGGAACCGGGACCAAAAAUCAUCGGUCCCGCCCAUAUCUACUUGUAAGUGAUGCCCACAUUGAGAAAAGGGCUUUAAAGAUGUCGCUAGUCGACCGUAUUUAGUAGAAAAGCAGCUAGCACGAUUAUUUUGAAGCCAUUUCUCGCAAGUCAGAAGUUUUAAAUUUCAACUAUUAUAUCUACUAUGUUGAGUUAUUUUGUUGAGGGUCUUUUCAACAUUGCCAUUAGUAUAUUGAAAGAACCAAUUUCCGUUUCAGUCUCUGUGUUUCGAAAACAUAAACAAACAAACAAACGAUGUUUUUUUAGCUUCAGUAAACAGUAUCUGCAAGGAGCCAGGAUCAGUGCGAAUUGCCAUAGAUAGUCUCUCCUUAGGACUACUAUUUGGAAGAAAAAAAACAGAUAAAUGAUCUAACGGUCAAGGGCUGCUGUUUCUAUGGAUUCCGUCGAUUGCUUGCGGAUGCUUCAUCUUGUCUUAAAUACCUGGCAAAAGAAUCACAAUCAAUAAUCACCCAUUCAAACUAAAUAAACGGACAAAACCAAAAAACUUUUACUUUUAGUGGAACCUAAGAAUAAAAAACUAUUUGACAUUUAGAUGCUGUCCAUUUUUCUGAGUUUUCAUCAGCCACAUUCAUAACAUGUAAUACACGUGUCUGGGAUUGAUGCUCAUGAUCGCUACGUCAAAAUGUGUAUCAACUCAUCCACCUCAGAUUAAGCAAUGUCUGGAUAUCUUGAGAAUCAGCUGAAGUCAUCUGUUUAACAAACAUUGGAUUACUGGCUUCCAACGAUGUAAGAGCUUACUAUACAUAGGUUGAGUCUUUAUCUUUGACUUAGUUUCUAAAUAACAGUGGAGAAGGCUGCUUAAGAAACUGAUUUUUCUCAAAGUGUUAUAGACACUGGUCAAAGAGUUUUCUAAAUAACUAGGCAUCACCAGUCUGGCAUUUUCUUAUUAGUAUUAUUUUGUAGAUGAGUGACGUAUAUCGUAUUUUAGCAUUUGGUGAUAGUUUGACAGAGGUACAGUAUGAAUAAACAUGACAGGUGGAAUUGUAGUUGACAGUUCUGUUUUUCAUUUGUUCUAGGGCUUCCACUUUGCCGGAUUUCGCUAUCAUCCGUGUGAGUGGAGCGAAGGAAAUGCAAUCUAUGUAGAAAACUUAAAAUCAUUCGUUCUAUUUAGAUGCUACACGUCUAACUGAAUUAAUAGCAAACCACUGUGAGUGGGUUUAUGAUGGCGAUCUAAAUCGUCCAAAAAUUGAAGUAAGUGACGCAAAAGUUUGUGCGAGUGGAAGAAGCGGCGAACGGGUAUUAGAUGGAAUGAUUGAACGUUUAAAAAAAACGUUAGACACCGUUGAAAAUGAAUCACAUUUUCGAUGGGUAAUAAUUUUGGGUGGUAUCAAUGAUCUGUCAUUGGGUUCAGAGCCAGAACGAAUUAUGGACGGUUUAAGACAAAUGUACGAUAUGGUUUAUCGCCAUGGUGCAAAUCUCGUUAUUAUGACUGUGACCGAAUCUGGCCUAGUUAAAACGAAUGACCCUAGAGAUGAAAAACGCCAUCGAUUAAAUACGUUAAUUAAAACAUAUGCAUGGGAAAAUCAUUUCGCCGGUGGAAAACGAACAUUUUGUGUGGAUUUAGAUAAAUUAAUUCCGUGGCAUCGACCAGAUAUGGUUGAAAAAAAGUUACUGUGGGACGAUCAUAUGCAUUUAACUCCGAAAGGUUACGAUAGAGUAGCCGAAUUAAUAUUUCAAGUUAUAGUUGAUUAUUUGAAUCUCAAAUGA